GGCCCGGCAGCCAACAUGGCGGCGGCGGGCGCGGGCCCGGAGAUGGUCCGCGGGCAGGUGUUCGACGUGGGGCACUACACCAACCUCUCGUACAUCGGCGAGGGUGCCUAUGGCAUGGUGUGCUUUGCUUAUGAUAACGUCAACAAAGUUCGAGUGGCUAUCAAGAAAAUCAGUCCUUUUGAGCACCAGACCUAUUGCCAGAGGACCCUGAGGGAGAUCAAGAUCUUGCUGCGUUUCAGACAUGAAUACAUCAUUGGGAUCAAUGACAUCAUCCGCGCACCGACCAUGGAGCAGAUGAAAGAUGUAUACAUAGUACAGGACCUAAUGGAGACAGAUCUCUACAAGCUCUUGAAGACACAGCACCUCAGCAACGACCAUAUCUGCUAUUUUCUUUACCAGAUCCUGCGAGGAUUAAAAUACAUUCACUCAGCUAACGUUCUGCACCGCGACCUCAAGCCUUCCAACCUGCUGCUCAACACCACCUGUGAUCUCAAGAUCUGUGACUUUGGCUUGGCCCGCGUUGCAGAUCCGGACCACGACCACACAGGGUUCCUGACAGAGUAUGUAGCCACCCGUUGGUACAGGCCUCCAGAAAUUAUGUUGAAUUCCAAGGGCUACACCAAGUCCAUCGACAUCUGGUCUGUGGGCUGCAUCCUGGCGGAGAUGCUCUCCAACCGGCCCAUCUUCCCGGGGAAGCACUACCUCGACCAGCUGAACCACAUUCUGGGUAUUCUUGGUUCCCCAUCACAAGAAGACCUGAACUGUAUAAUAAAUUUAAAAGCUAGAAACUAUUUGCUUUCUCUUCCACACAAAAACAAGGUGCCAUGGAACAGGUUGUUCCCAAAUGCCGACUCCAAAGCUGACUUGCUGGACAAAAUGUUGACAUUCAACCCUCACAAGAGGAUCGAGGUCGAACAGGCUCUGGCGCACCCCUAUCUGAAGCAAUAUUAUGACCCCAGUGACGAGCCCAUUGCCGAAGCUCCAUUCAAGUUUGACUUGGAAUUAGAUGACUUGCCCAAGGAAAAACUCAAGGAGCUCAUUUUUGAAGAGACUGCAAGAUUCCAGCCAGGAUACAGAUCUUAAAUUUGUCAGCUG